UGUUUUAAAUAAUGUUUCAGACCUUCAGUGCUGGUGAGAUUCUGCCUGUUUUCCCUCCACCCUCUAGGAAACACGUGGGAAUUAUUUGUACAGAAGAGAGUUGGAAAAGAGAAGAUGUUGAAGGCUCUAACGGUGUUUUUGUUGUUUCAGACGUUCAGACCUCUGGUGGGGAAGGCUACUCUGGGUUCCAUCACGGCUGUAGAAUUCUUCUCUGACAGACAACUGGACUUCCUGUCUGACCACGGAGCAUACCAGCCCUACCAGGAGGAAGUGGACAGUUUGAGUCCUGUUCUCAGGGACAACCCUCAGCUUCAUGAAGAGGUCAGGUUCUGGCUCAAAGAUCAAAAGGUUCAGGACAUUUUUUUGCAAGGUCCAUAUUCAUUAAAUGGUUACCGAGUUCGUGUUUACAGACAAGACUCGGCCACUCAGUGGUUCACAGGGAUCAUCACACAUCAUGACCUCUUCAGCCGUAAUAUGGUUGUGAUGAAUGACCAGGUUCUAGAGCCCCAGAACGUUGACCCCUCUAUGACCCCUGUUCUAGAGCCCCAGAACGUUGACCCUUGUCUGUCUCUGUCAGAUGACUACUAUGUUCUAGAGCCCCAGAACGACCCCUCUAUGACCCCUAACAACUCUGCCCACGUGAGGUCACUACACCCGCGCCCAAGCCAACAGCCCCAGACCAGUCAUGAACUCCUCUGGCGGGGCAGUGAAGCAGGGGUCAGGGGUCACCACCCAGCAGGGUCAAGGUCAGGGCGGGUCCCAGAGCCAGCAGGCCCCAGCGCAGCACUCCCUUGCCAGGAACAGACACAGCACCGCGGACCUGGCUUCUCCAGGAGGAAGGGAUCUGACAGCAGUGUCCCUGAUGAUGACUUCAAGGGAGACAACGUGGACUGUAACGAGAGAGCAGGGAGAGGAGGUGAGGAUGAUGGUGAAGAUAGAACAAGAGACUUCUUUAAAAGUACGAGCAGCAAGCAGGUGGCUGUGAACAAGCGGAGGAAAGCGGAGGAGGAAGAGGAGGAAGAGGAGAAGAAAUCAGGUUUGAAAAGACUGAGAAGCGAGACUACAGUGAGGUCUGACUUCUCUGAGAGCAGUGACUCUGAGAUGUCUACCAAGAGAACCAGGACGGCAGACUCCUCCUCUUUUUCAGAGCAGAACUCAGAGGAGGAGCUAAAAGGAAAGACCGGCCAGGAGGGGCACAAGACCCAGGGUUCUAAGACUGGGAAGGAGUCUGCUCUGACAGGCAGUCUCUCCCCCUGGGGUGAGGAGCUUCAGAAGGCGGAGUUUCAGCAGUCAUCAGCCGACAGGGAGCAGAGGUCAUCCCUGCGACAACCUCAACGACAGGGGGAACGGUCUCCACUGCAACAGCAGCAGGCCCCUCCCCUGUCCUCCUCCUCCCAGGGCUCUGCCCCCUCUGAGGGCCAAGGGGAGUGCAUCAUGGAGAACAACAGCACUAUGAAAUCCCAGACCCAUCCCCAGUCCAAGGACCAGUACACCAGCGCUGAGGUGGUCUCCAGGACCCAGACUCCCUCUCAGUAUAUAAUCGACAUCACAGCAGAGGAUGCUAACGCACACAUGGCCUCCCGGGAGAACUCUGAGGCCGUCUCGGCCCUGCUGGCCUCCCAGAAUCCAUCUGAGCCCUCCUACCUCUCUGAGCCCAGCAGACAUUUGGUGCUGAACCCCUCUGUGGCCCCUCCCUCUCCCCUUCGUAAGAGCCCCUCGGAGUGUGACCUUAGGAACCAGACUCCCUCAGUGUCAGAGUGUGACCUCAGGAACCAGACUCCCUUAGUGUCAGAGUGUGACCUUAGGAACCAGACUCCCUUAGUGUUAGAGUGUGACCUUAGGAACCAGACUCCCUCAGUGUCAGAGUGUGACCUUAGGAACCAGACUCCCUUAGUGUUAGAGUGUGACCUUAGGAACCAGGCUCCCUCAGUGUCAGAGUGUGACCUUAGGAACCAGGCUCCCUCAGUGUCAGAGUGUGACCCUAGGAACCAGAGUCCCUCAGUGUCAGAGUGUGACCUUAGGAACCAGAGUCCCUCAGUGUCAGAGUGUGACCUUAGGAACCAGAGUCCCUCAGUGUCAGAGUGUGACCUUAGGAACCAGACUCCCUCAGUGUCAGAGUGUGACCUUAGGAACCAGACUCCCUCAGUGUCAGAGUGUGACCUUAGGAACCAGACCCCCUCAGUGUCAGAGUGUGACCUUAGGAACCAGACUCCCUCAGUGUGUAGGAAGCCGGAGGUAAAGCAUGACAUAGCUGGCAGCCUGGGCAGUAAGAUGGGGCUAGUCCAUUCAGUGGUGAUCAGACCUAUAGCAUCAGUCAGUGAGUCUGCUGCUGUAGUAGAGAGAGAGAAGCAGCUAUAUUCCUCCAUGCUGCCCUGCAUUAAGAACGCCUCAUUGGCCGACGAGGCCAGGAAGUCGUACAAGCUAAGCCCCUCCCCUGAUGUCCCCAAGCCCCUCCCCUCCCCAGAGGCCCUGAAGCCGAAGCCCCUCUGCUCUCCUGACAUUGUCAAGUCUAAAACACAGAGUGUUCUGGAGACUUGUUCUAAAGCCAAACCCCUCACCUCCCCAGAGGUGUCCAAGCAUAAAGGCCGUUACCCGGACAACACCCCUCGCUCCAGCUUUAAGCCAGUCCUGGCCCGAGGGACUGAGUCGCCAGGAUCUUGCACUAAGAGUCCGCUAAUCAUCGAUAAGAACGAGCAUUUCACCGUGUACCGGGACCCUGCGCUUGUCCGUCCCAACCAGGAGACCAACCACGUGUCCUAUCUGCACCCCCAGCUCCACCACCUCCAUGCCUCCUCCCACGCCUCCUGCCUCACCCCCUCUUCCACCCACCACCACACAUCCCACUCCCACCACCACCUCCUCUCCGGGGUGCUCUCUGGCCUGCCUCCAGGCCCCUUGCUGGGGGGUCAUCCCCGACUAGACUCCUCAGGGCUGGGGCACCUGGGACUAGCUCAUCACCACCCUGUCUCUCAGCCCCAGACACACAGCCACACCUCAGCCUCAUAUAACCAGCUGGGGCUGUAUCCAAUCAUCUGGCAGUACCCCAAUGAGACCCACUCCUAUUCCCCAAGACUCAACCUGCCCGGGUCCAAGUGGGUGCACCCUGAAAACCCUGUCAGUUCUGAGACCAACAUGAGGAGGAACACGGCCAGCCCUUGGCUACACCACCAGGUCCCUGUCUCCUCCUCUGACAGCCUGGACCAACUGAGCCACGUCCCGGUCCCCAUCCGACCAGCCAGCGCCGACCCUCACCGGUCCGACCCCCAUCCCCACCUUUCAGAACCACACCGCUCGGACCCCCACCGGCUCAUUAAGAUCAACCCCACGCCAGCCCCCUCUGCCACCGGCCAAGACCGCUGGAGAUCUUCACAGGGAUUAUUCCUUCUGAGGGCUGUUCUGGAUUUGAAGGGUUUUGUGGACCCCAUCAGAACCAUCACUCUGGCCCACCUGAAGCAGGAGCAGGACCGCAGCAGAACCCCGACUGGGAAGGACAGUCACCUGCACCAGCUCUACCUGGAGGCCUGUAAUAAACAACAGCAGCAGAGGAUGGCCCAGCAGCAACAGCAGGAAGCAGGGCAGAGGGACCGGGCCAGUAUGUAUAAGGAGGAGAACAGACGGAUCCUCCAGGAGAGCAUUGGGGCCCCCUUCACCGCUAAGAUCCGCUCCAGUGAGACCGACAGGGAGCCUAACCCCUACCCCCGGAUCCCCUCGCUCCCCUCCCUGCCCCACCCCUACCCCCGGAUCCCCUCACUCCCCUCCCUGCCCCACCCCCAGCGCCCCCACCAGGAGAAGGAAACGGAGCCCCCUGCUGCAGACCUGUAUCAGUUUAAACAGCAGUCCCAGCACAGUCUCCCCCCCAGUAACUACUUCACUACCCUGUCCAACAGUGUGGUCAACGAGCCACCGCGUCUCUACCCCUCUAAAGAGCUCAACUCAUACUUUGACAAGGUGAGCAGGGAGCAGGAGUCUGCAGCAGCCUCUAGUCUCUCUCUGGGAGGAGGGGCAGUGUUCAGCUCCAAGUCCCUGUCCAAACCCCCUCCUCUCAUCAAACACCAGGCUGAUGGGGAGGGUCUGCUAGGGAAGAUAUCAGAGCAGCUGAACCAGCAGGUAAGCCUAUCCAACAUGCAGAGGUAUCGUCUCAGUACCAUAGUCAGCCCUGUUAGUCCAGACCUCUCGCCUUCCUCCAGUCAGAGCCAGAAUCAGACCCAGAGCCAGACCCGAACCCACUGUCAGAGCCAGACCCGAACCCACUGUCAGACCCAGAGUCAGACCCAGAGCCAGACCCGAACCCACUGUCAGACCCAGAGCCAGACCCGAACCCACUGUCAGACCCAGAGCCAGAGUCAGACCCAAGCCCAACUAAGGUGUAUGCCAGCACUGCACCGUGCCCCUGUGUUCCACCCUCCUAUCCAGCAGACACUGGACAGGAAGGAGGCGGGCUACGGCCGUUUGUCUCCACCCACCCUGACCCCCAUCCAGCCAGUCAGCUCGGCCGGUAAGGUGUCUGAGCAGCAGAAACCGCCCACCCUUCUGCCCGAGCUACGGGAGGUCAGCGCCGUGUGUAAGGGCGGGGCAGCGAUGACCUCAUCCGAGGUGUGGCGAGCCGGCGACUCUCAGAGCCACGACAAGCUGGGAUGGCAUUCUGAGAGGAGCCCCGGCAGGAAGCCUGGGGCCACCACGGCAUCUGUUAUCGUCCGUCCCUCUACGUGUAUAAAGUACGACGGCUCGCCAGGCGCCAAGACCUCUUCCUCGGCCAAGGACUCUCUGAUGGGGAGGAUGUUCCCAGGCGGCAGGCCUCAGACAGUCUGUCUGAAACUGGCCUAUGAGAGAGACAGGGAGUCUGGAGGGAAGGUGAUCCUGCCAAACACUAACUUGGAGGAGGCUGUUUGCGUGCAGCAGUACAAUAACAACUUUAUGAGAGUGUCCCAGUCUCAGGGAACCUUUCCAGUCUCUGUCUCGGCUGCUGCCAACUCUGUGUGCAAUAGGAGUAGUGAUGUGACUAGGGCAGUCUCCAACAUGGCUCCCUACGGUGUGCUGAGUAGAAGACAAGAGAGAACCUACUGUGGGCCCAACACCUCCAGCGCUAGCAGGACAGAGAGCUGUGGCCCUCGGGGCAGAGCCUUCCACUCAGGGCCUGGGUUAGAACCAAGGACCGAGCUCCAGCAACAGGGGAGCUCCUCCAGAACCUCAUCCCCCAACCUGCACCCCGGCCCCAGCCUGGCCAGCAGUACCCAGGCCUCUCCCAACCCCAGCCAGUCCUACUAUGGGAGCUUUAUCCAUCUGAAGAAGCACAAGGCAGCGUUGGCGGCAGCCCAGCAGUCCAGAGGUCCUAGCAGCAGCACCAGUGGUAGUGGUCCUGAGAGCCUGAUUGAGCCAUCUAACAGUAAAGCUCUUCACAUCUCCCCUCCACCUCCCCUUGCCUCAGCCUCAGCCCAGAACCACAGAACCACAGCAAGCCCAGGACCACAUCAAGCAGGAGCUAGCCCCAGCCCUGGCCCCCUCCCCAAUGGCCAGCCAGCCCAGAUGAACCAGAGCCAGUCUCAACCCAACUACCACAAGCUGAAGAAGGCCUGGCUCACCAGACACUCAGAGGAGGACAGAAACAUAAACACUAUGAUGAAAACAGAGGAGGCUGAUAAGGCUGUUACCACCACUGUGAGCCCCUCUGUGUCGAAGGCUGUUACCACCACUGUGAGCCCCUCUGUGUCGAAGGCUGUUACCACCACUGUGAGCCCCUCUGUGUCCAAGUCUGUUACCACCACUGUGAGCCCCUCUGUGUCGAAGGCUGUUACCACCACUGUGAGCCCCUCUGUGUCGAAGGCUGUUACCACCACUGUGAGCCCCUCUGUGUCGAAGGCUGUUACCACCACUGUGAGCCCCUCUGUGUCGAAGGCUGUUACCACCACUGUGAGCCCCUCUGUGUCGAAGGCUGUUACCACCCCUGUGAGCCCCUCUGUGUCGAAGGCUGUUACCACCACUGUGAGCCCCUCUGUGUCUGAGAUGGAGAUGAUCAAGCCUUGCACCGUCACUCUGAUUGCCUCUACCUCCAGUGAUGUGGAGAUGAAGAUAGAAGAGGUCAAAGGUCAGGAGGACAAGAUGGCCGCUGAGGACAGGAUUACGCGGCGUGGCAGCAAGAGGGUGUACGACCACGACUCGGCCUCAGAGAGCGGAGAGGACUCUGACGCCAGCGAGAGCAGCAAGCAGGAGCAGAGGGCGAAGAGGCAGCCCAAACCCACCUACAAGAAGAAACAGAACGACAUGCGCAGAAGGAGAGGAGACGGAGAGAAAGAUGAGGAUGAGCUGAAACCCAACAGGAUCUUUAGGAGCGCCAGGGAGAAGACCAAGCUGAAACUGUCCAGCAACAAUGGUAUCCCCCGCUCUGUGCUGAAGGACUGGAGGAAGGUGAAGAAGCUGAAGCAGACGGGGGAGUCGUUCCUGCAGGAUGACUCGUGCUCCGAGAUUGGACCCAACCUGCAGAAGUGUCGGGAGUGUCGUGUUGUUCGCAGCAAGAAGGGGGAGCAGCCGGCUCAUUCCCCUGUCUUCUGUCGCUUCUACUACUUCCGCCGCCUGUCCUACAGUAAGAAUGGAGUGAUCCGUGUGGACGGCUUCUCCACUCCAGAUCAGUUUGAUGAGGAGGCUCUGUCCCUCUGGGCUCCUGAUGUAUACGAGGAGAAUGAGUUGGACCCAGACUCCUCCAAGUACAUCCUCUCAUAUAUAGGAGACCAGUUCUGUCAGAUGGUCACCACUGAGAACACUGCUGCUACAUGGAUCAAAAAAGAUGCCAAGAUGGCCUGGAAGAGGGCUGUGAGAGGGGUCCGGGAGAUGUGUGACGCGUGUGAAGCCACCUUGUUUAAUAUUCACUGGGUCUGCCACAAAUGUGGCUUCGUGGUUUGUCUGGACUGUUACAAGGCAAAGGAGAGGAAGACCUCCAAAGGUCAACAAAAGCACGCCUGGCUGAAGUACAAGGGACAGACAUGGACUCCAUUGACAACACAGAUUAUCCCAGGAACUGUUCUGACAGAGGUGGUGAGCGCCAUGCAUCUGUUCAGGGAGAAGUACAGCAUCAGGUCUCCCAUUGUCUGUACUGGGAAACACAACCCUCUACUCAGCAAGCUGCCUGCUACCAACGGAGUCUCUCAGGUUCUCCAGAACGUGUUAAACCACAGCAACAAGAUCUCUCUAUGUAACGUGAAGACAGAGCCUGGGCAGCUGAACCCCAUCCAGGGUAAAGCUGAGACUAACGGAGGCUCCAGCCCUGCCUCAGACCCCUCCUCUGACUCCAAACCGACUCCCCCGGAGUCCCAGAGCCCUCUCCACUUCCUGGCUGACCUGACUGAACAGAAGUCUCGGGAAGACAAGAAAGAAAACAAGGAGUCUCCUCUGGGUAAGGUGGGCAAGGAGGAGAAGGUCAGUAGCCUGGAGUCUCUCCACUGUAGAGCGUCUAGUCUGGUGUCUAACAUCACAGAACAGGGCUCUACUCUAAGAGACCUCCUGACGACCACCGCUGGUAAACUACGUCUGGGCUCUACUGAUGCUGGCAUGGCCUUCGCUCCUGUAUACUCCACCGCAGCACAGAUGGGGAAGAGUGGCCGUAGCAUGCCCAACAUCCUGGAUGACAUCAUCGCGUCCGUGGUGGAGAACAAAAUCCCUGCCAGCCGAGGAGCCAAGCUGAGUCUGAAGCUGGAGGCCACCACCACCACUACAGAGGACAGGGAGGUGAAGACGGAGAGGAUCGAGAGGAAGAAGCAGCCUGGGACUGGGACAGGUCCUAACCCUGGGACAGGUCCUAACCCUGGGACAGGUCCUAACCCUGGGACGGGGACAGGUCCUAACCCUGGGACGGGGACAGGUCCUAACCCUGGGACGGGGACAGGUCCUAACCCUGGGACGGGGACAGGUCCUAACCCUGGGACGGGGACAGGUCCUAAGCCUGGGACGGGGACAGGUCCUAAGCCUGGGACGGGGACAGAAGAGCUUCCUGAACCCAAGCCUCAGCUAGAGAAGGCCCUGCAGCUCCAUGCUGACAUCCCCCACUGCUGGUUGUAUGAUCGCAGACUGCUCUGGCUGAAAGACCAUCGACACCCUGGCAACUGGAAGCUGUUCAGAGAGUGUUGGAGACAGGGACAGCCUGUCCUGGUGACUGGGCUCCAUAAGCCUCUGAAUGCAGCUCUGUGGAAGGCAGACAGCUUCAACCUGGAGUUUGCUGACCAUCAGGGAGACCUGCUGAACUGUAAAGAUGGACUUGUCUCGAACUCUGGAAUCAACGAGUUCUGGGACGGCUUCGAGGACCUCACCAAGAGACCCAAGUCUAAAGACGGAGACACCGUGGUGUACAGGCUGAAGGACUGGCCAUCAGGAGAGGAGUUCAUGGCCCUGAUGCCUUCCAGGUAGGCCUAGGCCAACUCAUCAUAGCCAAGCAUACAGUCAUAGUCAUGGGGAUUCUCCACA